AUGGGGAACAGUCAGUCUGCCGUGUGCUUCUCAGAUGAAGUGAAUCUAAAGCACUUCCGCCUGCUACGAGUCGUAGGGAAGGGAGCCUUCGGAAAAGUCCGCAUCGUGGAGAGAAAGGAUACUGGCUUGACGUUCGCUCUCAAAUACAUCAGAAAAGAUGAGGUCGUCCGAUCCGAGAGUGUGCGGAACAUCAUCAGAGAGAGGCGGAUGCUGGAGCAUCUGAACUACCAAUUCAUUUGUAAUCUGCGGUAUUCUUUCCAGGAUAUUGAGUACAUGUACCUGGUGGUGGAUUUGAUGAACGGGGGGGACCUGCGCUUCCAUAUUUCGAGGAAGACAUUUACUGAAGAGGCGGUGCGAUUUUGGAUUUCCGAAAUGGGAUGUGCCUUGAAAUAUAUCCACAAGCAGGGAAUCAUACACAGAGAUAUCAAGCCCGACAAUGUUCUUCUGGAUUCCGAAGGUCACAUCCAUCUGGCAGAUUUUAAUGUCGCGUCCGACUUCACACCGGGAAAGCCUCUGACGAGCAAGUCGGGAACAUUGGCCUAUCUCGCACCGGAAGUCUACAAGGGAACCGGGUACUCGUGCGGAGCGGAUUGGUGGUCACUCGGUGUUUUGUUCUACGAGUGCAUCUACAACAAGAGACCCUUUGAAGGCAGCACGCAAAGCACCUUGGCUGUACAAAUUACCAAAGCAAAACCCAAAUUCCCCGUCACAGAUCCUCCCGUAUCGAUGCCAUGCCUGCAUGCCAUAAGUUCGUUUUUGGAGGAGGAUCCGACGCAACGUAUCGGAUCGGCAAGUUUUCACAGCUUCACUGACAACCCAUUCUUCCGAGCUAUAGAUUUCGAAGCAUUGGAGAGGAAGGAGGUCAUGCCUGUAUUUGUCCCUUCGUCCGAGAAGACGAAUUUCGAUGCGACGUACGACCUCGAGGAACUCUUGCUGGAGGAAGCACCACUGGAGGCUCGGGCUCGUCGGCAGAAGCCGAGAGAGGCGCUGAAGGAUGACGCAACCGAAAAGGAGAUUCGGGAAGAGGAACUGUACCGGAUGAUUGAGGUGCAAUUCACGCCGUUUGACUACACAACUGCAGCGAUGGCACGAUUUGCUGACGCUUCAGAUCCUAACGCACCACCUGGUGCUCCAGGCGAGUGGCAACAGCCACCCCCGGUGUCACAAGACCCCGGCCUCGUCCCAACGAGGUCCUCCAGCAAGCGAGCGUCGUCAAGAAGACGGACGAAAUCGAAAUCCCAGGCGUCGUCCCUGUCCAGCUCCCCACCAUCGAUGCCCUCACACCUACCGCCACCUCCGCCUCCUAAUGGGCCUCCAAAUAUGGGACAGCCAGGACGACAGGUCCCUCUUUCGCCCUACCAAUCAUCCUACUCCCGCUCACACCGACCCACUGGGACACGGAAGGAGUCCAUCGGAGGUGGAAUGCAAGUAGUGCUAGGGGAGACGGGUAGUUGGUCGGAACUGGCCAAGAACGAUACAACCUUGCCUGCGGAUGCUAAGCUGGAGGCAGCCCCCAAGCCGACUGGGAUGCUCUCGUUUCUUGGUCGGAAGAAGGGUAGAGGACAUAGCCCUAAGCCGCUAGAGCGUGGUGUCCUGGUCCACAGUAAUGGGGCUUCUGGGUACAGCGGUGGGACGAGACGAAUUUGA